GCGCGCCGCUCCUGCCGCCAACUUCGGUGGGUACGAGUCGGCGUCGGGGGACGCGGCCGGUGGCGGAGGUUUCGGGGAGUUGCUGCCGCGUGCCGGGGGUGCCCAGGCUGGCUUGCCCAGGCCGCCAUGUCUCGAGAGGCUGGCUCGAGCCGCGUGGGCGCAGGGGCCCGGGCGCGGUCCAGGAAGCCCAAGAAGCCGCACUACAUCCCGCGGCCCUGGGGCAAGCCCUACAACUACAAGUGCUUCCAGUGCCCCUUCACCUGCCUGGAGAAGUCUCACCUCUACAACCACAUGAAGUACAGCCUCUGCAAGGACUCCCUCUCCCUGCUGCUUGACUCCCCGGACUGGGCCUGCCGCCGCGCCCCCGCCACGCCCAGGCCGCGAGCACCCACCCCCGCCUGUCCAGGGGACUCUGCGGACCCCGGCAGUCAGCCCCAGGGAGCCACCACGCCCGACCUGGUGGGCACUGACGUCCUCUCCCCUCACCGGGGCAGGGACACCAAGGCUGGGGCUGAGGGGUCCCCAGGGCCCCUGCCCCCUGUGGCCAGGGCUGCCCGGAAGGGUCUGGGCCCCGGCGGGCUCCUGGCCGAGUCCUGGAAGCCGGGGCUGAGCGGGGGCCCGAGGAGCACAGCCGCGGGGGACGUGGCCGCGGCAGGCCCCAAGGGCAGUGCCCCCUGCUACCCGCCGCCCGCCCGGGCCGAGUUCCCUGAGGCCCAGAGCCUCCACCUGUCCCUGCUGGGGGUCAACUGCCCUCUGGGCCCAGGCCUCUUCUCCUACCUGGGGCCCUCGCUGGCCGCCGCUGCCCACGUGCCCUUCCUGGCCUCGGCUGGCCCCCUGCUGCCCCCGGCCGCAGCCUUCCCAGCCCUGCAGCCCCCCGAACGCCCUGCCCUGGCCCCCCGCCUGUACUGCCCGCUGCUGCUGGAGCACACGGUGGGGCUGCCAGCCGGCAAGGCUGCCCCCGCCAAGGCCCCUCCACGCCCCUCGGGCUCCCCUGGGACUCUGGCUUCUGGCAUGCUGGGGAGUCCCUGGACCUGCAGCACCCCCAGGGACCCAGGGCAGGCUGGGGAGCUAGAACAGGCUGCCCAGAGUGACCCCAAGAGGAGGCCGCCCCUAGGGAGCAGGCUGGGGCUCCCGAAGGCGCUUCCCGGCCUGUCCAGGUUCUGCUCCCAGAGCAGCCUGCCUGCCGGCCCCUCCACGGGGCUCUGGCCUGAGGACAAGGAGCCGGGCACAGAUGCUGACACCCCUGGCCCCCAGGGCCCCGUCCCCCAGCAGCCGCGGGGCCCAGUGCCCGGGAGCCCAGGGCACAUGGGUGAGGACCUGGCGCGGGCCCUGGGUGACUUCGCCAGGGUGGAGCAGCGCCUGGGGCAGCUGGUGCCCGCGGGGGGCCUGGCCCCACAGCCACUGCGGGAGCAGCUGGGCAGGAUCCGCCUGGAGCUGCUCACCAUCCACCAGGCGCUGGAGCGGGCCGUGCGGCCGCCGGACACACCCCUCGAUCUCUCUGUGAAACGCCUGCCCGCCAAGGGGCCCCAGGCUCCUGUCGGGGUCUGGGGGCCGGCCGAGCUGCACCCCACAUUGGCCCCGGGGCCCCCCAGUGAUCCUCCCAGCAUGCUGGGCCCCUCGGCGCCGGAAUCCUUUUCCGGCCACACCACCAAGUGCGAGGCGGACUCCAGCGUCCCGCCGCCCGGCCUCCCCCUGCAGGCCCUGGAGGACCCUGUCAUUGCCGGCAGUGGCUGGGGCCCCUGUGUGGGGGCCGGGAGCUCCCAGCCCCCUGAGGACGUCCUGCCCAGCCCCCUGGGUGCCGAGGUCUGACCCCGGCUCCCACCGUCCGUCCACCCUCGCCCUGAACGUGCUGGUCCCACUCUGCACCCCUGGCCCCCCGCCCAGUCCCUCCCCUGUCCCAGCCCUGUGGCCAGCGCCGGGGACCUGCCAGCCUUGGCGUGCAUGUGGACAGACCCCGCCAGGCUGUGGCCAGGGCCUGUCUCUGGGGUCACCUGGGGACAGCAGAGGUCACAGCUAUUUAUUGAUCGCAGUUGAGGACAUUAAAAUAGA